AUGCCUCGCGGCCUCUCUGCGAAGCUUAAAAAGAAGAUAGCUAACGAGAACAAGUCGAUUCUUUCCUUUAUAAUACAUUCUGGUUCGCCAAAACAAGUUGCAACUUCGUCUGACAUCUCGAAACACGCAAAAAGUCCUAACAGCAUCCAUCUGGACACAUCCGAUGGCAAAAUUGAACCGCAAACGAAGACACCUAAUGAUAUAUUUAGACACAAGUAUCAAAGCAGCUAUCCCCGCACAUGCCCUCGUUUUAAAUGGAUUCCAGGUAAGUCAGUCGUGUUGCCUCUGAAUCUCGAAGACACCACAUUCACUGUGGACGCGUUCAAAUAUGGCAGUAUUUCGGGAUGCACUGCAUAUUUUCUGACCCAUUUCCACUAUGACCACUAUGGAGGUCUAUCAAGGGUCUUUACAGGAAACAUAUACUGCAGCGAGGUAAUGCGUUGUCACCCAUAUAGUUGCCUCUCCAGAUAACCAAGAACUUCCUUCUGCAGAACUUUGGAUGCAACCUCAAUGUGCACGCCUUACCAAUGAAUACUUUUGUGAACAUCCAAGGCUGUGAUGUAAUGCUUUUGGAUGCAAACCAGUACAUACGCAUUAUUCCUUAUUUUGCACGUCAACAUGGUUUUCAUCUCCAAAUUCUCACUUCUGUUUAUAUGCCCGGACCCCUUAUACCGCCUUAUCCCUUGGAUUUAGUAAUUUGCGUCUGUCUGUCAGUCAUACUUUAGAAUGUAUUGUAGACUCUUAGGUGGAGACUAUCACGCCUUUCUAGGUUGCAGAAGGGGGGAAUGGCAGCCCUUAUUAUUUCCCUUUUGCCACUUUUAAGUCCUUAUAGUUACAUACACUUGCGUGCCGAAACAGAUAUUUCAGCCCACAGCCUUACUAAUUUCAGGUAGCACUUCAACAGAAGUUCGGGCUUGCCAAGUGCGCUUAGUUAAUACUUUUAUGCCAUUGCUACAUCGCGGACGGUUACCAUCUGAUCCUAAGCCAGUUUGUUUACUUUAGGAAGACUGAGACCUCCUCAGUGCAUAGGCAUUCUUAAAGUUCUCAAAACUAGUUUGUUUGAUUUCUUCAAGUAUCUGCAGGAAAUAGGCACCCUAUAAACACAACACAGUGACUCGGCAGAAUAAUUUCAGUAAGAAUUUGCGAGCAACAAAACCUGACGAACUUAGGCCAUUAACGAUCGUACAUACGGAUACCGAGAAUUUAGGCAUAAAAAUGGGACCUGACAGUCAAAGUAUGGUCCGUAAAAACAAGCGAACUUAACUUGAGGUUAUGGUGUUUCAUAGAAAGUGAGCACGUGAAGGUUGUCGCGACAUCUGGGAGCAGCCUGACGCAAGGGUGAUGAGCUUUCAGUUUGAAAUUCAUGUCUAAUUGUUGUCUACGCACUUGGUUUGUGCGAGACCGGGGUGCCCACAUGAAGAAAGUUUGGGGUCCUACCAUGGUGUGGGGUAAGCAUCCGCCUCAUAUACUGCUUAGUAAAUUGUGUUUCCGCAAAAAGAGCUCAACAAUUUCCGCUAGAAUCCGAAAGGUGAGUGAAGGCAAUUGGCGACUGUAAGUCGAGUAGCGAGGUAUGGCAGUUAUUCGACCAAAUUUGGCCUUCGACCGUCGUAAUAGGUGACAUUCACCGUGGGCCCCACGGGUUGGGCGCAUCAUCGGUGACUUGCAGUCUGAUUAUCUUAUAUUGAGAUAAGCUUGCACAGCGUCAGCGACACCUUCCUCUGAUGGCAAGACAAUGUUCAGCCGACCGGAGGCGGGUGCGAACACAUUGGCUGACAACACCAAACGACUCUUCUGCGCGUGCCACUCUCGACCUGGCGCUCGUUAUAUGUGCUGAGCUUCCGUAGGGGCGUUUUGGAUCCUCCACGCACGCAUGUGGUAUUAGGGUCACGCUAAGGAGCCAUCGCGGCCGAGCACUCAAUCUCUAGAAGAACCGAUUUAUCACGUCAGUUGACAACUUUACAAGUCAUGACUUAACGUGUCUUGAUGGAUUCGAGCGCGAUAGAUUUGUUUUGCUGAGGGAUGCAUUCAUUUUCUAUGAGGAUGAGUUCCCAGUGUCAGGCUCUAGUCCUUCCGUGCACCGGUCUGCCAACCAACAGGUGAUGGGAUUGGCUGCAGUGGCUGGUGCGGCGUGAAGGCCUAGGUCGAAGGCGUGCCACGCGCAUGUAUGGUUAGGGACUCGCGCAGACUUCUAUGCCCGACGGACGCGUGCCAUAAACCAGUCCGACUUAGCUAUAGUCCACAUGGUCCACUGUGGGGAUUAGGACUUUCAAAUGAUUCUGUCACGAAGGACAUGUGGGUGAAGAAAUGCGAUGAAGAGGAAUAGGAACAAGUGUAGGUAGAGUAAUGGAAGUGUCUCUCAGCUAGGAGGAACUCGCUUUGUAACUUAACAGCGGCCCAUAAACGCUGCCUUAUGUCGGGUUAGUCGAAACAUUUGUCACAGACACAGCGGCAGCAUGACACUCGGAUCUCAUGACACUGUCCAGAGACAUCCGAAAGUCGAAUUCGAAAUGCAGGCGAGGAGUCGUGGGUUUGGUGUACUUUCUGUGAGAUCCGGUUAUUUCGUUAGGAGGCUCACAGUCGAAACUAUUUCAAAUACACCACUUGUUGAAAACCCACAGGUCUGCCAGAAGUGACUGGGGAAGGUUGCCUUGCGUCACCAUCUCGACUGACUCGGCUUGGCGCAAACGUUUGCGAACAGCCCCACUGCCCGAUGCCCCUCGUACUCGGGAGAUCCCUGGGAUGUAAAGAGUGCUUAAGAAAAUCAUGAUGACUAUGGGGUCUGUCCUGUCGUGCUAAUUAGUGCGACAAACUAACUUUCUCCCUUGUUCCCAUUUCGUCUGAUGACAGGUUGGUGUCACCAGCUCGAAAAUUCACGAAUACAACUCGAUUUUUCCGAAGAACCUCUUUCUUUUUUAGUAUAUCGGCCCGCGAAUGCAUACCACCUCUGAUCUACUGCAUAUGCACAUAUAUAUAUAAGUGACUGAAAUACUCUAGACGUUUACUUUGUUAGUUCCUUUUUCGCUAGUUUUCGUUUCUUUUAAUGGUACAUCUUCCCACCCGAAUGAAGCUCUUGAAUCCUAGCUUACAUGGCGAAAUCUAAGCAUAUAGUGACGAAAGUAAAAGUAUAGAGCGACAUCGCGUUAUUUGGAGGGAGGGUGUUCCAAACAGAGGAAUUCCUUACUGAGCGUAUCGCUGUUACCAGCUCAGCAAUUACGCUUCAUACGAUGACGAUCACUAUCGUCCCUAAGCACUGUAUUGACAUACGUUUUUAUUUUUACGUCAAGUCUAGUGUAGGUCGAUACAGCCCUGAAGUGGUAUUCAUUCGAGGUUGAAGGCUAGUGCGCGGGUGUAACUUAGUCAUAUUUCAUCUUAAAAACGAGGGAUGUGGCCGCAGACUCACUUUCUCUCCACACUGUUUGGUCUUUAGUUUGCUAUUUUUUCUUAUCCCUUUGUGUGUGCUCGUCGACGACACUGUCUAUCGACUACAAAGAUCUAGCCUUUGAUAAUUUAAAUAAACUUUUAUUUUUCCGGUGUUGAACAGUUGCCGGACAUGUCGGCAUGGUUACGAAUUUUACUGAUCUUUUUAGAUUGGAUCACAUAUAAUACAAACUAAGACUCACUGAGGAUGGUUCAUCUUCUACGCCACCUAAAGGCUCCGUUAAAUAUCGGCCGUGCUGGAUCACCUUCAUACGGAAUUUUAAGCUUAUUAUUUCUUAUUUUAGUUGUCCCGGCUCCGUCAUGAUCCUCUUCCGCUUAGUGCUGCAAAAUAAGGUGGUCCUUCAUACAGGUGACUUCAGAGCACAAUCGUGGAUGCUGGAACAGCCAAGUGUUUUAAAACACUAUAUACAGUCGCCGGUGCCAUCUUCGUGUGCACGAAUAACUACUCUUUUCUUGGAUACGACGUAAGGCAAUGCUGGAACGUCAUGAACUAUAGUGUGCGUUUUAGCCUACAAAUGCUUUCUACUUCAUUUGUGCAAGUAGUCUUAGAAGGUUAGCAAUUUCUUCAACCGUCUCGUCGUCUGACAGUGACGGCUACUGAAGCGCUUUUCGUUCCCUCCUAGUUACUGUUGUCCCACUUAUGGGUUUCCUACUCAGGAUGCUGUCAUCGCGGCUGCUGUAAAUGUGACUCGUGAAUUCCUCCUCUCCGACCCCUACACUCUUGUGGUCUGCGGGAUGUACAGCAUCGGAAAGGAGCGGUUUGUUUUAGGUGAGGACACGUCACUAAUUCCCAUGUCCCCACCACAUUCUCUUAAACCUAUUACCCCAACCCUCCCUUUUUAAGGUGAUAAUUUUGAUUUGAAUGCCUUGAAAGUUCUGAAGCUAAGUUUUUUUCUUUUCCUCGCGUACUUAGUACAUAUUCUUGUUCUAGACAGAUUACAAUUCAUUUGGAUGAUUUUGUUUGGAGUCUACCUGGUUGCCUCGAGACCGUGCGUUCCACAAGACCCCCGUACGUAACACGGAUUGCGACUACAAAUGUGCAUUUGGGUCAAUCGCUGAAUGCGUAGCCCUGGACCUGGGACAGGUUGCAAUUGCCCCCACUUUCGUAGUCUGUUUUUUCCGUCAAUCGGGAUGGUUCGAUGAGGACAACACUGAGAUAUCGUGCUGUUUUCGACUUAAGCCUCGAAUUGUCCAUACACUUGGCACCAACCCUCCUGCUUGAUUGCGUAGUUUGACCAAGCUUAAGACUGUCAUUACGCUCAAGGCCGUUGUUCUCGGAUUUGGUUUCUUAGCUUAACCUUAAUUCUUUUCCUGAAUUUGCGGAAAAUCCCACCGGUCAAUCGUUGAGCGAAAAAUCUUGGGAAUAAUUCAGCAGGGCCAACGCUGAAAAAACAAUAGUAACAAGAUCUCAAGGCGGAAUCUGCUGAAUGACCGAAACAAUCGAUGUUAACCAGAAGCACCUUGCUGCCCCUAGGUGACUAACGCUGCUGUUGAGAUUAAGCCACUAAUGUCGCUUCGGCGAUUUGAGAAAGCCAAUAUCGCAAAACAAAUUUGAGUAUGAAACCGCAUUAUCUCCCUAAGUGUACAAUUAACUGCACGCCGAUGCUUCCAAAUUCAACGCUGUGCAGUAUGAAACCAAUGCGAACGACGCCGACGUUUAAGCAAAGCCUGUCCCUGUAGGGCGGACGGUUCGCCCCCAGUCAAAACACAGCUUCUACUUUUUAGGUCUUGUGAAGGCCCUUGGUCUGACAAUUUGGUUACCAUCCAAGCAAAGGCGUCUAAUUGAAGCUGCAGCUGGUGGUGGUUGUGUGAUCUGUUCCGACCUCCUACAACGUCAGGCGCCGUCGCGGACAGUCGCCAACCUCGUUGUGGUUGACAUGGGCAAGCUGAACGCACGCAGUCUUCGUACUGAAUUCUGCCCCUCCACCGGCUCCGCUGAUCGUCGCACCCUGCUGGCCUGGCGUCCUACGGGCUGGACGCACAACGGUGGGACCAAAAAACAGACAUCUUCUGCAGCUCUUUCACGCUUAACUUGUCUGGACCUUAUCCAAAGCCUGGCCGACUGUCUGUCUGUCAUCCACGCUAGUGUCGGACUCACCAUCCUUGGUGAGCACAUGUGCCCACUCCUCCGCCUCUAUUUUUCAUUCCGAAUUAUGCUCUAGCCUGCGUUCUGCUAUCCUUUUCUAUGCGUUUCCCCUCUCUAGUGCCUUUGUGCAGCCUUCUGGUCAUCUUCGCAAUGAAUCUUUCAAUUUCCCUUGGCCAGCCCUUCCAGCCGCAUUCUUACUUAGAUUGCUUGGAUGUAGUCUAGUUGCGCGUUAUCCUCCAUUUACUGCGAUUAGUUUCUAAGGAGAUUAGUAGACCGGAGAUGAGUCUGCCUGUUGCCUGUAUAUUCUAGCGGCCAGAUGCGUGCAGCGGUGGUGGAUAAUGGAACAACCCUCAGCUAAGUUUGGCUGUAAAAUCAACAGACCUUCAUCCCCGAUGAAUGAAUCGUUGUCAACCAACAAUGGGAGUCCUAUAAAGGCACAGGCGAAGGUCUGACACACUAGCUGCCCUAAAACGUACCCCCGACGUCCCACGACGGCACUAGUGAGUCUAGACCAUGAAUGUUUAUUAGGUAGAUGCUCCAUCGGGAAAAGACUCACACAAACCUGGCGACUGCCGGCGACUUCCUAUACCUCACGAGGCAAUUGCUAGAACAGACUGUCACGAUUUAUACUACAACUUUCGCUUCAACCAAUACCCUUCUGAUCCCCGGUUAAAUGGCAUUUUCACCUGCAGGCAAAUGUCUACGCUUGUUUUUUUCCAACUUGGAACCCUUUUGAAUUACAAAACUGAUGAUAUUUGACUAAUAGGACAAUUUCAUCUCUUCAUCAUAUUUUUGCAUCUUAGUGGCCAAGGCCUUACGCAGUUGUCAUACUGGGUGCUACAAUGCGAACCAGCGGCUUCAUAUCCGAAAAAUUAUACCAUGGCAUAUUCAUUUUACGGACUCGCUGCACUGCUUUCCUGGUAAAAUCGAACAUGAUUUUCGCCUUGCCUCACGCACUAGGCUGAGGGGUGUGGUGUAUUCAAAGAGAUCGCAUGGAUUCCAAAAACUACCUUGGGUUUGGUCGGCUGACUUUAGCGAAUGGAAGUAGGAGCACUGCAGCGUUCUGCUUGUUUUUGCCGACAGCCAAGUAACCCUGCCAUAUUUUAAUCAGGGACUGAAAACCCGUGUCUUAAGUAUCAACUCCAUCCUUUUGUAAGGGCGAAAAACCUCCACGUGGGUAUGUUUCUUCCUAGAUACCGUAUAUGUGCUAUAUCGGGAAAUGUUAACCGGAAUUCUGAAAUAUGUUUUCGAUUCUGAAAGAUUACCCAGUUAGAAUUAUCAUAUUAAUUAUCAUGCGACAUAAUUUUGUACUCAUUUGAUAGCAACUUGCGUCUUCUCCAAAUUUUCUACUCGAAGAGGGAGUAACUUUCAGUUUAAAAAAGUUUCAAAUUGUAAGAGUUUUUUAAGAACGUGAAGUGUUUAUUCUUACAGCAUCACACCAGCACGCUUAUUAGUGCUACUGAUAAAGUAUACAACCUGGUCCACAUCCAUUGCAAAAUUUUAUGAGCGCUACAUGCCAUCUUUCUAACAACGUAGAGGAACAUAUGAUGUUCCUUUGACGGCAUGUAUACAGCAUUGUAGAUUGAAAACUUCAAAUGUAAGUGCAGCGGCAGGUGGAACAAAGAAUUAUUGAAGAACUGAGAAAGUUUUUAAAAACCGAGACAUUCUGCCUCUCACCACAUGAAACAUUUGGAGGGGCCGCAACUCGUUAUUGAAUGAGUACAAGAAUGAAUAUUUUUGUGCACGUUUUCUGAAUUUAUAAGGACAUCGAAAAUCACUGGUAAUAAUCCACGCCACUCAAAUAAUCUUUUUUUCACACAGUAUACUUUUUGUAGACGACGGGAAACUCAUUCGAAAGCCGGCACCAUGGUAUGACAAAAAUAUUUUAGGAUUAUGCUGCACGAUAAUUAGUAUUAAAACCAUACUUAAAUAAUCUUUUAGAAUCGAAAACGUGCUUCAGAAUUUCGAUCAACAUUUCAUGGGAUAAGACAUCCACUAUAUACUGCGUUUUGGACACCGUUCUAACCGUUCGUAAACCACCAGUUUUUACGCUGAUCCAAAUGUUGUAUCUUUACCGUUUAAUUUUUUCUUGGCGAAGCCUGCUUGUGUUGUCUAUGUCGUUAUCCACGCUAUUCAUUAAAGAUGCUAAACCACCCAGAAUUUUCACAAAGCUGGAUCUAAGCUUCUGUACGUAUAGAACGGGCAAUCUUCUCAAAUAGUAUUUUACACGCGCUUUAAACGUUGCUCACUGGUACAAUUAUCACCUUGAAGACCUACAAGUUACCUGUUUUGCACGUUCAAACUCCCCCCUUAAAUGGAGACAAUGUGGCUUUUUGAUAUCUCGGCCCUCACACAUUCUCUUUUUGUGCCUCCAUUUAGGGGCCGCAUAUAGCGAACACAGCAGCUUUGAAGAACUAAAGAAUUUCGUUACCGCUCUGCGACCUCUCAAAGUCCAGCAGACUGUGUUCGGAAGUUCGGUUAAGGAGGCCAAGAAGCACAUAAAUUCCUGGCUUUCUGGGACACCACAAGUCUCCAUUGUUUCCUCAUCUGCUCCCUCCAUCGCUAGUUUUACAUCCUCAUCAUCCCAUGAUAACGCUGAACCUCCAUCUGUAUCAGAGACGCUACUGUCGCUGCCGUCAACGUGGUCCGUCACGCCGGAAUUGGACUCUCUUGCCGGCAUCUUUGAAGAGGAUAGCAAGAACUCCACUUGA